CCUCCACAAAAAUUCUCCGAUGCUGUCGCAGUACAACCACGAAUAAAAUACGACAACCACAACCAUACUUGGAUGUUAAAAAUCGGCUUGACUGGAAAUAUUGCGACCACGAUUAACAGUUGCUCUAUCUCUUGCUUGCCAACCUCGGGUCACAGGCCCUUCCCUCUUGUGAGAUGCCUGCCAAUAUCUCACAUGACUAUAUCAGUGUUGGCGGGAACAGACACAGUGCAGCGUCCGACUGGUCAACCACUUCGGGUCUGCUAGCCUUUGGUGCUGAUCAAAAUGUGGCCAUCUGGGAACCGCUGAAUGACUCCGGCAGAGGAAUCAGCGCCUUGCUAUCAGGGUACACCUCCAAGGUUACCGCGGUCAGGUUCUUCGCAGGUCAGCAGGAUGGACCGGCGGAAACCCUCCUAACCGGCUCAGCAAGUGGUGAGGUGUUGUUGUGGAAGUUCGACAAGUCGAAUCAGCGAUGGACACUGCUGGACACGGCCAAAGCGCACGACGGGACAGUCAACGCCCUCGCAACUUACGACCAAGCCAACAUCUUCGUGACGGGAGGUGCUGAUGCAAGCUUAAAACUAUGGAGACUUCGCCAGGAGAAGCUUGAGCUUGUCUCUGAUCUUGCGCUUCAACCCAGAUUCAUUCCCUUGGCCCUAGCUGUUGGUCUCUUCCCUUCAGGCGACUCAGGCUUCCUUGUCGUGGGAGGCACGCGGAACGACAUGCAAGUGUACUCGGUCGAGGGGCUGUCAUCAACACCCAGGUUCCGGCUAUGCGCGUCCCUGAAAGGUCACGAAGCAUGGAUCCGGUCUUUGGCCUUGACACCACAUCCAGAAGGUGGCUUUCUGUUGGCUUCUGCAAGUCAGGAUAAAUACGUUCGUCUGUGGCGCUUUCACGAAGGCGAUGCAGUCCUGCCAAAGAGACCGGUCGACCCAACCGGUGCCGCGACGACGGGGAACACCUUGACUGCAAAAGUCCAAACCGUGUCUGCCGGUGAAUCGAAAUACUCGAUCACCUUCGAUGCACUUCUUCUGGGUCACGAAGACUGGGUUUACUCGGCUGCAUGGCGCCCACAAUCCUCCAGUCUUCAACUACUGACCGCUUCCGCGGACGGGUCGCUUUCUAUCUGGGAAGUGGACUCUGGCUCCGGGAUUUGGGUCAGUAUAUCACGCCUGGGUGAAAUCAGCAGCCACAAGGGCGCAACGACGGCCACGGGGUCAGCAGGAGGAUUCUGGACAGGACUGUGGGCCCCCGACGGCCAGAUGGUGACCUGCCUCGGGCGUACCGGCAGCUGGCGUCUCUGGCAGUACUCGGAACAGACGCAAUUCUGGACCCAACGACACGGCAGUAGCGGGCACGUCAGCUCUGCCAACGGCAUUUGCUGGGCACCGGAUGGGAGCUAUCUUCUCUCGACGAGCUCCGAUCAAACAACAAGACUGCAUGCCGAGUGGAAGAGGGGAACGAAACGCAGCUGGCACGAAUUCUCCCGCCCGCAGAUUCACGGCUACGAUCUCAACUGCAUUGCCAGCACGACUCCGUACCAGUUCUCGUCCGGGGCAGACGAGAAGCUGCUCCGGGUGUUCAACGAGCCCAAGGAUAUCGCACAAAUGCUUCACAAUCUCUGCCAAAUCCCGCUGCCGUCGGACGCGACUCGGCUCCCGGACACAGCUGCCAUCCCAGUUCUUGGUCUAUCGAACAAGGCCGUGGAUGACGAUGAUGUUGCCGCCGCCGCAGCGCAGGAAGAUGUUGCCACAAACGGAACAACCAACGAGUUGGGUUUGUCCUUGAGUGACAUCAAAGAACCCCCAACCGAGGACCUGUUAUCCCGACAUACCCUCUGGCCCGAGCAUGAAAAGCUAUAUGGACACGGCUAUGAGAUCUCGGAGGCCGCAACACCCGUGGAUGGCAGUGUCCUGGCCACUGCAUGCAAGGCAAGCUCCAUUGACCACGCGGUCAUCCGACUCUACGAUACGAACAACUGGCAUGAAAUCAGGCCUCCUCUGUCUGCGCACUCCCUCACCGUAACGCGGUUGGCAUUUUCGUCCCACCCACCAGGAUACUUGCUGAGUGUGAGUCGAGAUCGGCAGUGGGCAAUCUUCAAACAAGCAGAACUUGAACCGCAGGGUGAUGGCUCCUCUUCUUCAAGGAGCUGGACACGGGUGGCCAUCUACCCGAAAGCACAUAGUCGGAUGAUUCUUGAUUGCGCGUGGCUUGGGAAUGGGAGUACCCAGGAGUUGGCAUUCGCAACCGCAGGCAGGGACAAGGUCGUCAAACUGUGGUCGAAGCAGUCAGGUGAUUCCGCGGAUGGGUUACAAUUUACAUGCAAAGCCUCAAUCGCUCGAAAGUCACCGGUCACAGCCAUCUCGGCUCUUUGCCACGGACCCACAGGAUGUGUUUUGGCUGUCGGUGAGGAUGACGGAAGCAUAUCGCUGCAUUUGGUAGAUUACAGUGAGGAUGGCCCUCAGGUGCGGGAAAGCAUCGAAGUCGACCGCCAUUUCUCGCCGUCCAAGACGGUGCAUCGGUUGGCGUGGCGGCCGAUGUCAGAGACGGGCGAACGUGCGCAAGGCCCUCAGUUGGCGGUGGCAUCGGAUGACGGGACGGUGCGCAUAUUGAGGGUCGACUUCAGAUAGAGUGUUUAUCUUGGAGGAGACAGAUAGAUAGAAGAAUUCAAGAGCAUAAUAUUCGAGUUCCAG